AAAUGAUUGUCAAAUCUUUUGYCUACGUCCUUAUUCCWUUGCUACUGACGUUUUUCGUAACGUGGCUCAAACUAUUAGACCGUGCCAAGGUAGAAMUAGGCCUAGRUCAUUAUGCAGAAAAAGGAGAACCAAACUCUUUCCUCAAAAUGCCCGCAAAUGCGCUUGUCAACAUUGGCUAUUCCAUUGUCGGCMUUUAUUGGAUUGGACGGACUAGAACGCGUCAAAAGAAGCUCGGAGAAGAAGUUAUGUUUUACUUCAUAUUUGGAUGGAUGGCAGUAUUCUACGGGGCAGUACAGUUUUGUCGAAUUGUAACACAAACGCGGUUAUGGGCCAUCAUKGACCAAUGGGUCACUCUACCAUUCUUUGCAUGGACUGUUUGUUGGAACGAGUUUGUCUAUUGUAAUUCGCUUUGGCAAUCCAGAAGGUUUACAUUUUACAUGCGUACGUCUUUGAUAAGCUACCUCUUGGUGCUUCUGCAUGACCGUGGCUUUGAGACUGCCCUUGGAAUUCACAUCCUAGCUGUAAUCGCGUAUACCAUCCGCACACAAACCAAACUAGGGAACAAGAUGUCAUUGAAUUAUUUUUGGUUGGCGAUAAUAUGUUGUACAGGAUUYGUUUUUCUCAAACUUGGAGAUCAUUUUUUGGGCCGGUUUUCACUUUUUCAUAGAUUUAGUGGUCAUUUUUGGUCGAAAGUUUGUGACAUUGGGCAGAUUCAUUUUGUAUUUCGAUACUUUGAAAGUCUGGGACUUGACAACAAAAAAUUCAAAGGUUUAAACGAAAAGCACAAGAAGAAAAUUGGUUCUAAAAACGCAUCAGUCAAUUGAAACCAAUGCCCCAAGCCUGCAGUCAAUACCAGGGAAUUACCAGGAUUUAGCAUCCCUAUUAUUUGGGGUUGAAAAUGGCAACUAACAGAAAUAGAUCCCAAUGUCUGGUUGACACAAUUAGUUAUGCAAAUAAGAAAUGCAAAUUACAGCAUCAGUUCAGAUAAUUUUUAAAAAAAUUCCAAUUCUUGCACUUGCCUUAUGUGCACCAUAGAUCUUUUCUAAAAUACAAAAUCAUGGUGUAUUGUGGUUUACAAUUAUAGCUUCAGUACAAAUGCCAUAUUUGGCAACAUGACCAAAAGAUGUUAGUACCCAAUCUAGACCACAAUGCAAUGCAACUGCAUUCUCAGAAAAGGCUGAUUGCUUCUGUUAACAAGACUUUAUACUAGUAAAGGUACAGUUUCAGCCGAAACGUUUCAGCCAGUUCCAUCGAGCAGCCUUAUUAUUAUAUUAUAACUCUGGUUUCACUAGUACUAUUCAUUGCAU